UGGUGUCGCGGGCCAUGCAUCUCCUGCAGCCGCUGCACAUCAAGAACCCCAGCAACGGGACUCCAGUCCACCAGAAGACCACCAACACCGGCGUGCACUGGGAGCCCGAGGCUCUCUACACCCUGUGUUACUUCAUGCACUGCCCACAGAUGGAGUGGGAGAACCCCAACGUCGAGCCCUCCAAAGUCACCUUACAGACGGAGAGGCCGUUCCUGGUACUGCCUCCGCUGAUGGAGUGGAUCCGGGUGGCGGUCGCCCACACCGAGCAUCGACGAAGCUUUUCUGUGGACAGCGAUGACGUGAGGCAGGCCGCCAGGCUGCUGCUGCCCGGUGUGGACUGUGAACCACGGCAAAUAAAAGCGGAGGAUUGUUUCUGUGCCACCAGAAAGCUGGAUGCCGCCUCCACAGAGGCCAAGUUCCUGCAGGAUCUGGGCUUCAGGAUGCUCAACUGUGGACGGACGGACCUGGUCAAGCAGGCCGUGAACCUGCUUGGGCCCGAUGGAAUCAACAGCAUGAGCGAACAGGGAAUGACCCCUCUCAUGUACGCCUGCGUCCGCGGCGAUGAGGCCAUGGUUCAGAUGCUGCUCGACGCCGGAGCCGACAUCAACAGCGAGGUGCCAAGCACAGUAAACAAGCACCCCUCAGUUUAUCCUGAAACGCGCCAGGGGACGCCACUCACUUUCGCCGUGUUACACGGACACGUCCCUGUCGUGCAGUUGCUGCUGGAUAAUAGAGCGAAUGUGGAGGGCGCCCUGCAGGAUGGGGCGGAGAACUACACGGAGACCCCGCUCCAGCUGGCCUCUGCUGCAGGUAACUUUGAGCUGGUGAGUUUGCUUUUGGAGAGAGGGGCCGACCCGAUGAUCGGUACCAUGUGUCGAAACGGCAUCUCUUCAGCCCCCCUGGGAGAUAUGAACUCAUACAGCCUGGCAGCAGCACACGGCCACAGGAAUGUAUUCCGGAAGCUCCUGUCCCAGUCGGAGCACGAAAAGGGGGACGUGCUGUCCCUGGAGGAGAUCCUGGCAGAGAGCUCGGACCACGGGGAGAAGAGGUUGGCGCUGCAGGCCAACGGCGGAGGCACGCUGCGAACAGGAAAGGCCAAACUGAGGGCCCUGAGAGAGGCCAUGUACCAUAGCGCAGAGCACGGCCAUGUGGACAUCACCAUAGACAUCCGCAGCUUAGGUGUUCCCUGGACGCUGCACACCUGGCUCGAGUCCCUGCGUACCUGCUUCAUCCAGCACCGCCGGCCGCUGAUCCAGGGCCUGCUCAAAGACUUCAGCUGCAUCCAGGAGGACGAGUACACAGAGGAGCUCAUCACGCACGGCCUGCCGCUCAUGUUCCAGAUCCUCCGAGCCAGCAAGAACGAGGUGAUAAGCCAGCAGCUGUCAGUCAUUUUCACGCAGUGCUACGGGCCCUUCCCCAUCCCCAAGCUGACAGAGAUCAAGAAGAAGCAGACCUCACGCUUAGAUCCCCACUUCCUUAACAACAAGGAAAUGUCUGACGUGACAUUCCUGGUGGAGGGGAAACCGUUUUAUGCACAUAAAGUUUUGCUGUUUACAGCUUCAGCCAGGUUCAAGUCCCUGCUGCAGAACAGACCAGCAGCAGAGAACACCUGUAUUGAGAUCAGCCAUGUCAAGUACAAUAUUUUCCAUCUGGUCAUGCAGUAUCUGUACUGCGGCGGCACUGAGUCUUUGCACAUACGCAACACUGAAGUCAUGGAGCUCCUGUCUGCAGCCAAAUUCUUCCAGCUAGAGGCCCUUCAGAGACACUGUGAGAUCAUCUGCUCCAAGAACAUCACCACCGAAACCUGCGUGGACCUCUACAAACAUGCCAAGUUCCUCGGUGCCUCGGAGCUGACGGCGUUCAUCGAGGGCUAUUUCCUGAAGAACAUGGUGCUGCUGAUCGAACUCGACGGCUUCAAGCAGCUGCUGUACGAACCUCCUCCGGCAGAGAGCCCCGCCUCCAGCCCCGGCAUCUGCUCCGACAUCCUCCUGGACCUGGAGAGAACUCUGGCCACACGCAUCCACUCCAUCCACCUCUCCACCUCCAAGGGCUCCGUGGUGUGACGCCGUCCUCUGCCGAGCGCCCUCCGAUCCAGGCACAGCAUCCAUGUAACACCAACAUCCAGUGCCAUGCUACACAGCCCCGUCCACCUGUCCUGGCCCCACCGCUGACGUUUGACGGGCUGUCGGAUGUUUUUACGUCAGGGAUUCCCUUUAAUUCUCGCAGCCGCCCCUGAAAGUUAAAGUUACAAAAUCAGAGAGAACUUUGUGAACUCUGUCGGCUCCCACUGAUCACUUCACACCCCUACAGUAGGAAUAAAAAACAAAAAACUCGACCCAGCAGUUAGACCUAAUCGUGAUUAUUGUAUUUCAUAUAGGAAACAUGCAUGGAAUACAUUCUGUACACCUUUUUUCGCUUAAAAAGGUAGAGUAGAAUUCAACUCAAUAAAAGCAGCUUUCUCAUCAUCAAUAUGAGACUUUAGGUUUACAGACUUUACGUGGAAGUGGACGCCGUCGCAGUGUAAACACAUGCCAAAAUAUAAUCCUACUAUACAACCAAUAACAGUGACUCGUAGCAAUGCCAGCAGACGGACUUUAGGUGGACUUCUUCUCAUUCUGUCACUUCUAUGUUGGAUUCACUGUGUUCUCUAUCUACUGUGUGCCGAGGCCAAACUGAUCACAGGAACUUCCACCGCGGCCGACGCUGCAGCGCUGAUCAAACUAAAGUCGGCCCACUCAGUGAAAUCUAUGCUGACGUAUGCUUGAAACACGGAUGUCCAACUGGGAAAUUAACUUUUUUUUUUUUUUUUUGCAUGACACCUCCUCAACUGAGCUGCCCUGAUAUUGCUUUUUAUGCAGAGCUUACUUCACGGACCGAAGGGGAAGUAUGGGGGAAAAAACGCUGCUUAUUAACUUUCUAUCCACUGCAAAACUGACUGAGCGGGAUUUGGAGAUGGAUUUUGAUUGGCAGGGACUUUCUCUAAAGAUAUUUAAGUGUAAAUACGUCCUUAAAGUCAUUGUGCUGGUCGUUCUUUUUCUUUUUUCUUUUUUUUUUUGUAAACUGAUGUACAGUAUUCCCCUCCACUCGCUUGGCUGACGACACCAGUCUCACUGAAUGUGCUCCCUGGACUGUUUGUUCCUGCUGUAUGUGUCUGUUUAUGCAAAGUUGCAUGUUUGAUCUGUUUGUUUGACUCCUCUGUUUUUCGCUUUCGGUGUGCUUUCUGUGUAGGUCUGUAGGGCUGAGCAGGGUUGACGAUUGUUGCAGUUGAGGUCCAGUCAGAGGAGCAGUUACUUUGCUGUUUCUGAAACAUUCCAGAUGAUCAGGGUAGGUCACCACCAAAACGCAUUUUAAAGUCACUUUUUGUUUUAGGUUUCACCUCAGCUGAGUUUUUUUCAGGAACAUAAAUUUUGUGAAAGAAAGGUUGAAUUUCCAAAAACCUGUCAGAGUUUAUUAGAGACAAAACAAAAGGCCUCAUGCUGCAACAUCCUCUGAAAUUGAUUUUAUACAUUUUCUAUGAAGAGAGAAAAAUAAGAAUCAGGUUUCAUCAAACUUUCUUAACCACCCAGAUCUGCUCUUAGCUGUGCUCAGUGAUCAAUAAGAACAUUAGUAACCAACUAGCACGUAGCGACCCCGAAUCACUAAACAAGGGCAGGUGUGCUCAGGCACAUGCACAAGAAUUUGAAUGAUGGCACCAAAAAAGGCUGUAAGAAAAUAAAAUUGAGUUUCUGUUAAAUCGAUUUAAACUAAGAAAACAUGAUUUCCAGAGAGUCAGUGCUGGCGUUACAGGAAAACCAAAAACCGUCAAAGUCAUGCUGUAAAUGCCAUGUCAGCUGCAGGGUGUUAUUUACAUCAUCUACAUAAAUAAUAGUACUCAUCGUACUUUUAAUGUAUUAAAAGUGUGUAAUGUAAUGUAUUAAGCACUAAAUGCGGAAAACUUCAAAUCAAAUUUAACAAAUUAGAAUGAUUAAAAGGAAAAGCAGCAAGUCCUAAUAUUUAAUAAGUUGGAACCCUUUGCACAAAAAACAUAAUUUCAUACGGUUUGUGGCAAAUGGAGUAAAAAAAAAACCAAUAUUUCCCUCUAAAAUGUGGAGUGGAAGCAGAAAGUGGCAAGAAACUAAAAUACUCAAAGUAAAAGUACCUCAAAUUGUGUAGAAAAUAUUCACUCAACCUAUGCACUGGAUAAUUUAAGUUCAGCUAAAUUUUUCAGAGAAUGAAUUGUCACAUAUAUUUAAAACAGAUACAGACAACUUUAUUCAACACUCAUUUUCUAAGCAGUUUUGAAAUAAAAUCCCAAGUCGUUUUUUUUUUUUUAUGUAAGACAAAGAAAAGAUGAGUAGAGCGUGACCGCGCCGAGUUUCGUAACCAACUUUCAUUUAUAUUCAACUUAUUUUGACAAAUCCUGUUUGUCACAUUCUGGUGUUUAUCCAUUAUUAAUGUGGGAGUUGUUGCAGGCGUUUUGAGAUUUGUCUCAAGUGUUGAAGAUUUUGCUCCCCUUUUCUCGCAGCCUGAGGCUUUAGUAUAAAGAUGAGUUGUUUCAUAUUGUGAAUUUGCUGCCUGAAAAACUUCUGUGACCAAAAUAUUUUAAGCAUCACUUAAUGUCCUGAAGUUUUAUGCACCAAUUUAUGGUGAAAAUGUAAGAAAAACAAAAUUCAGGCGGCAGAUGAUAAUUCAAAAUAUAGAACUAUAAAGGAAAAUAAUGCAGUGAGGCUCUCAGGCAUUCUGUAUUGCUUUUAAAUAUUUAUUCUCCUGCAGGUCGACUUUUCUCAUUUAAUGAUAUCCCUGCUGAGUCAUCACACUUACAGGCAAAGUUUACUUUUUCAACUUACUUUGUGUCUUUUGUUUGGGGAAUAACCUCUUUAACCCUUUGAAACCUGGAGCGACUUCACUUUUCCUCCUUCAGAUGCCUUCCACAAGGUUUUAAAACUUUGAACCCUGAGAAAAUCGAUUUAUUUAAAAAACAUGAGAAAAAAGGCUG